GGACCAGGGCGACGCCAUUUUUGUCGCUCAUCCAGAAAGCCCAUCCCCCUGGCUCAUCUUCACCAGGAAACCGUCAGACUUUUCAUUCAAUUCAGUGGGGGGAAGCGCCUGCUGCAUGCACGAAGGCGAAAGAUGGCCUCACCAAGGACAGUAACUAUUGUGGCCCUUUCUUUUGCUCUGGGUUUAUUUUUCGUGUUCAUGGGAACCAUUAAGCUCACUCCGAGACUAAGCAAAGAUGCAUACAGUGAGAUGAAAAGGGCAUACAAGAGCUAUGCCAAGGCAUUGCCAGGCCUGAAAAAGAUAGGGAUCAGCUCAGUCCUGCUUCGUAAGAUCAUUGGCUCUCUGGAGGUGGGCUGUGGUGUGGUGCUCACCCUGGUGCCGGGCAGGCCAAAGGAUGUGGCCAACUUCUUGCUGCUACUGGUCAUGCUGGCUGUCCUGUUCUUCCACCAGCUAGUAGGAGACCCCCUGAAACGGUACGCCCACGCUCUAGUCUUUGGUAUUCUGCUCACCUGCCGACUGCUUAUUGCCCGCCAGAGUGACGACCGGCCGGAGAGAGAGGACAGUAGAGAGGAACAGCACAUCAAUGACCAGGAAAAGAACAAGGUCAAGCAGUCUUAAGAUCCUCUUCUCCUGUGGUCCAAGCUACACCCAAGGGAUUGUGGUGCGCCUCUAUGGAUUGUAGUAGUUCAAAUUUUGAAGGAAACAGUCACUCCCAGUAAUAAAACCCCUCAUGCACAUCUUGUGUCCAUCCAGCUGGCUGACUGAUUACUCUCACCUACUCCUCUGCACUCUUGAUGUGUAGCUGAGAACUCCUGAUGCAUCCACCCUCUACAUAACCAUGGACAAUCAUACCUGUGAAAACUCUGAUGAGCUCAGCUCAUUGUCACAAUAGUCAACCCAUUUUACUAUUUAUUUAAUUGCUACACUGUGUUCAGUGUGUCUGUGUUCUUGUUUUUAAUCAAGUGUAAAUUUCAUUUGCAGUAUGUUACGAGUUGAUUUGAGAAUGCUGUUUUUCAUGAAAGAAUCUUUGUAGCUUGUUUUUCUAAUUUGUUUUUAUACUGUAGGUAGGAGACACUGGUCAUAUGUGAAUUUCAGUAGUCCAAGCAUGUUUCAUUCUGGUCAUGCGUAUAAAACACAAACCAAAAUCAAAAACAAUUUUGAAAGGAUUUUAUACUAAUUAUACAUUAACUAGUAAUACAUAUCCACAUCUUACUUUGGUGCAGUGUUACCAGAAGGCUAUUUUAGAAGAAAAUCUAAUCAAAUCCUGGUUCAUUUUUCCAGCAAUAAUGCAUGAAAUCCUUUGUCCCAGAGUAAAAUAAGCUGAAUAUCUUCUGUCUCCUUUCAGUCCAGUUACCACAGUGAAGUUGUUUACCUGGAAAUGACAGCUGUUGCUGCCUCAGGUGUCUGCUGCUAGCUUGUACAGCAGAAAAUAACUCCAGUCUUUCUGCCUGUUAAAAACAGAAUUUUACCUUUUGUAAUUCAAACUUGAUGUCUUAAACCUAUUAACCAUCUCUCAAAGAUUCCUCUCAUCUCUUUGGUUUUAUUUUUUUCUCUGUGAAGAUAUGAAAAGAAUUCCUAUUACAGUUUUGCUAGGGGAUGAGGUAUCAGUUGAAAAUUCUGUCAGUUUUGAGAUUCACAAUAUUUCUGUAAAUGAUAUACUUAAAAUAAAGAAUUGGAGGUGAGACUGA